AUGUUCCGUCUUACUCGUUUCUCAGCAUACAUAUGGACUCUUUCUCUCAAGCCAUCACCGCAAUGCCGACGGCUAUCUACAUUGGCUCCUCCUGAAGGGAAUGAAGGGAAACAGGGAAUACAUGAAACCACACCCGACGAAGCCUCUGUAGAAGGUGUUACAGCGGACGUCAAUUCGCCCGGCGCAUCGGGCCAAAAUAAAUGGUGGCCAUCUGCUACUGACGAAAUAUCCCUCAAACAUGCCGAUUUACUUAAAGCGUUUGGGCUGGCUUCAAUACCUCAGUCGGAUGACACGGGUGUGGAAAUAAACAAGCUCGGCCAAAUACGUAUCACGAAUGAGGAACAAAGUCAACAGAAGCACAAAACGGCUCUUGUGCUAUCUCGCGCCCCGGCUUGUCUUGAUGAACGUGACUUCGUGUCAAUUUUGGGACCGGGGAAAUAUCUUCGUCAAUGGAGAGCUGCCAGAGGACUUGAGAAAAUAAUCCCCAUGCGCUUUCAUGAUACCCUACGGCGCUCGAACACAUGGAUCCUGAUAUUUUCCAGCCCCGCCUCCGCAAAGGAAUUCCAGGAUAAAGUCCACCGCCUCCACAAAUUUGCCCGAGACAAUCUCCCCACCUCCCCCUUAACUAAAAUUGUUCCACCACCCAACUUCAGCGCUGGCGGUGCACAUCAGCAUCGCUUAAGCGACUACACACUCACAGCACCAUGGCUGCGACUUUCCCUAGUUGCCCACCUAGCACCCUUCAAUGACAAAAUCCAAGACGCGAUCGAUCUUCAUAAAAGCCUGGCAUCCAAGCGGAUCGAUGGCAAAGCAGGUUUCCCGGUUCGCCUGUGGCUCGAGAACCAGUACCUCUUCACUCUUAAGAAGGAAUACGUCCGUCGAUUGCUUGUGUGGGAUGGGCAGAAUAGGCGGACGCCAUGGCAGCUGAUUGAAGAUAAGGAUACGAUUACCUCGCUGUCAGGGCCCUUUUCAAACGAGAUGUUAACCCCGGAUGAGGAUGAGGUUCUGGGGAGGGGGGAGAAUUGGCGCAUUGCGUUCCAGAGCGCGGCUGAGGCUAAGAGGUUUGUCCGCACGUGGCAUAGGAGUGUUUUCCCUAGGCUGGAUUCGUUGCUAAAUUAUCCGGAUCCGCCGCCUAUAAUCAAAGCUGAGUGUUUAUUUGAAGGCGAUAUAUUUUGA